AUGACACCAGACAUGGCCAAAGCUGUGAAUACGGUAUCGCAAGUCCUGUACCGGUCCGACAUCCACGAGUACAAGCAGGGUGGUGUAAGCGACGUCGCCAUCUUUGACCGGAUCUGGUUUAUCAUCACUCGGCAAUCAGUACAAGACAAGUUUAUAAGCCCAAUAGUCAGGGAAUUGAACAAACUCAUCAUUGCUGCAGAAGAUGACCUGGGCAAGAUGCAGGUAGACGACAUCUUACCAAGCGAGGAUGCAGCCACAGACUUCCAGCAAGUUCAAUUACAAAAUGAUUAUCACACUAGCUUACUUCAAGCGCUGGUAGUGCUCCGUAAGACUAUCAUAGAGGAAAAAGAUGUUUGGGAUAAGAGCCAGGACAGCGCUGUGAGAAAGCACGAUCGUGGGCAGGAUGUGAUCGGCGAAGCGAAGAGGAGCAAGCGUUGA